UGUCUCUUUCAGUUCCCAAAAUUCCACAAUCGAAUAACCUCGGCAGUUAAAGCUCGUUCAUUCGGAGUUAAAACAGUGAGCGAUGACAAACCAUAUAAUUUGGAAAGCUCUGCACAAGCUGGAACUGAGCCCGCGAAUCCAUCUGCACUUGCACAAGAAAUCGCAAAACUUGAGGACGCCAUGAAUAGCGUUGAACGAAAGGUCAAGGAAGCUGAGGACUAUGCGGCUCCGUUUGACAGUGGUGUUAUUCACAAUGGUCUUUCUAUUCCGAAAUCCGUGGAAUACACUGACGAAACAGCGCCGAUUGCUGAUAGGAGGAGCUCCAGC